AUGGAGAUUUGGUUAGGGAACAUGUCACGACCAUCACUUGAACUGCCAGCCAUCGAGCCGAGUCAGAAUGUUCAGGCUGCAAAGAAACUGGAGACGCAGUUGAACGCACUAGACAUCCAGUUGUUGAAGAAAGCUCAAGAACUAAGUGAACAUAGAACGGAGGACGAUGAAGAUCUCGAUCCAGAAGAUGCGAUGAUCAAGGAUCCAGCUAUCGUUGCAAUGGAUGUUGCCGCUCAAAUAGCCUAUCUACGAAAACUGAAAUUUCAAUAUCUGGAACAAAACGCGAAGGACAAAUAUGUCAAAUCCAUUGUUAGUGAUAUCGACGAUGCACCGAUUAUUACAGUAGAACAGAACAACGAGCUUUCAGCGAUCAACGAAGAAAAGAAGGCAAAGCUAAAAGUCGCGAAACAAAAGCUGGAAGAGACACAGAAAAAUAUCAGACUGUUGGCUCCACUUGUCGAACAAGAUUAUCAUCAGGUUAAACAGGCAACAGACAGAGCAGCGCUACUUUCUCAGAAAAUAAUAGAUGCUCGGACGCGCCUAAUGCUCCUCAGACACACUCACCCCCACCCACGACUAACAAUCCCGCUCGCCGAUCAAAAACUUGCCGACCAGGUAGUAGAGAUGCAAACGCUGAGCGAUCAAGUCCAAUCUGUCAAACAGAAGGCUAAAGCGGACAAAGCACGUGUGAAGGCCGGUGCUUUAGUGGUCGAGAAUCUUCGAAUCGAAGCCUCCGAAGCGCAGAAGGCCGUUAAAAAUGCCCAGUUAGAUGAGGAGGACAGCAGAAUCGUUCCUUUGUAUGAAUGGUUUACCGCAUCUUUAUCCCUUCAGCGUUCUAUCCACAAUCUCGAAGAUUUGCAUUCUGAAACGGAAAACGAACUUCGUCUAACAUACAAAAUAAGCUCCUCUCCUCCGCAUCACAUUACAAUCACCCUAAUAUUUCAGUCCGACACGAAGAAACUCGCUGCAGCGGAAGUUUCAGGCCUGGAUGAACUGGGAAUCGAAGUAGGGGACGUGGUGGAUGCGCACAUACAAGUUAAUGAUGUUCACGGGCUGGUGGCAGCUAUUCUUGCUCAUGCAAGAGCCGCUGCAGGCACAUAA